UUGUUGACUUGGCAGGUUGGCAGUGACGGUCGGAGCCUUCUGCAACACAACUCGAAAACUAGCGCCAACGCCUGUGGUUGUGGUUGUUUACAAAUUUGUGUAGCGUCUUGAAAUCGUUGAUUUAAUCUUUUAGCAUCAUGAAACUCGUACGGUUUUUGAUGAAACUUAGUCAUGAGACUGUAACUAUUGAGCUCAAGAAUGGAACACAAGUUCAUGGAACAAUAACUGGUGUUGAUGUUGCGAUGAAUACACAUCUUAAAGCUGUCAAGAUGACAAUCAAGAACAGAGAUCCAGUUCAGUUGGAAACAUUGAGUAUUCGAGGCAACAAUAUUCGUUACUACAUCCUCCCUGACUCAUUGCCUUUGGAAACAUUAUUGAUUGACGACACACCCAAAGGCAAAGCUCGCAAGAAGGAAGCUGCUCGCACUGGUGGUGCAACUCGUGGGAGAGGACGUGGUAGAGGUGGACGUGGCAGAGGCCCACGCGGGCGUGGAAGAGGAAUGGGCCGCCGCUAGGACUUCAAAUUUGUUCUUCAUAUACAUCUGUGAUUUCAAUAUCGUGAAGAGAACUCCUAAUUUCAUUCUGGCUUGCCAUUCAUGCCAAGUCAGUCCCAAAUUAAAUUAUGUCAAAUGCAAAUGCAUACCUUAUCAAACAGAACUGUGUGAAGGUGUUUUCUUCAAGUAUCUGUUUGUGGAAGCCUUGUUGUAGGAGACAAUUACCUGGUUUAGUGCCACUUGAGCUCAUGCAAUGCUGAAUGUUAGUGUUUAUAACUUUCAAGUUUUGAAAUCCCAAUUUCAUUUCAAGUUACUUUCUCUUUUGUUGCUUCUUUUUCUUUCAUGUCUGUGGGUAUUGAGAAGUACCAUCAAUUUAAAUCAAGCUUUUUCAUACUGUGUUGGCUAGAAGUGUCAGAAUGCUCUUCAGCUAGCAAACCAAUUACCUUUUUUUUAUGUUUUAAAUCUAAAACAAAAUAUUUCAUUUUGUCAUUAGCAUUAGAAUUAAUUUCUGAACUUUUAUUCUUGUAGGUUCCUUAGCAGUGUGAAUGAUGCAUUUCCUUUCGCAUCUUAUUGUUGCUGAUGUGGAAAACUUAUUAUCUGAAUGUGUGUGUAAUUCUUAAGUCAUUGACUGCAUCAUGUCCCUUGAAUAAAUAAGAAACUGAA